CACGCCACGAACGCACCGUUGCGCCCUCCCUUGAAACUGAGCAUGCGCAGAGCGUGUUGUAAACAAAGACGAUUCCAGACCGUCUCCAGCUUUGUGUCUGUCUAGCUCUUUAUCAGUGCGAAACUUAAGUUGUUCCACCUCUGUGUGUGAUGAAUAAAAAUGCUCCUGGGGAGCUGAAGCAUGGAGGCAGUUCUGGGCAGGCUGAAGAGGCUGACUGCUGAUGAACUACGCGAGGAGUUUGCCCGUGCAGACCUCAAGUGCGGCCCCAUCACAGCUACAACCCGCGCCACAUUUGAGAGAAAGUUGGCCCGCGUUCUAGCUGGACCAGACAGUAAUGCAACAGAAUCAGACAGUGGAUUGUUGACAGACUCUCCAAGCAGGUUGGUCUCUAAUGCCAACCAUACCAAACCCCCAUCAUGUGCCCCUUCAGAAGUUUUACCGGCUCGUGCUGCCCUGACCAGCAGCAGCCUGGAUGAGGCUGCCAGCAAAGAGUUUAACUUUGGCUAUGGUGUGGGCCUCAACCCUCCAGAGGAAGAGGCCAUCCCAGUACAGACACCCUCAAAGAGCUCUGCUGAAGUUAGUGACUGCCUGUCUAAAAUAGAAACAUCACCCAAGCCUGCACAAGUGUCUCCAACCUUCUAUGGUGUAUGUCCACUGUGGGAGGAUGUUUUGACUAGGAAUGAGAGAGUACACGUGUAUACAGAUAAGAAACAAGCCCUUCAAGCUGUAAAAAUGAUGAAAGGUGCCCGCUUCAAAGCCUUUUCCAACUGGGAGGAUGCAGAAAAGUUUGCAACGGGGAUCUGUGACUAUUACCCCUCUCCCAACAAAUCCACAAGCUGUGUGUCUCCAGUCAAGCCAGGCCUUGUUGCUUCUAAAGACAACAUGGAGGUUGACACCAUUAACCGGGAGCGAGCUAACAGUUUCAAGAGUCCGCGCACUCAGGACUUGACUGCCAAACUGAGGAAAGCUGUGGAGAAGGGUGAUGAGACCGCCUUCACCGAGCUGGUUUGGAGCAACCCGCGCUAUCUGAUUGGUUCAGGCGAUAAUCCCACCAUUGUUCAGGAGGGCUGUCGGUACAAUGUGAUGCAUGUAGCAGCCAAAGAGGACCAGGCAGGAGUUGCACAGCUGCUGCUGGACACCUUAGAGAACCCGGAGUUCAUGCGCCUCAUGUACCCUGAUGACAAGGAGGCGAUGCUGAAAAAACGCAUUCGCUACAUUGUUGAUCUUUACCUCAACACUCCAGAUAAGGCCGGCUUUGAAACUCCGCUUCACUUUGCUUGUAAGUUUGGCUGCUCAGAGGUGGUCAAUGUCUUGUGCUCACAUCCUGAUACUGACAAGAACCGUGAGAACAAGGAUGGAGAGAAACCUUGUGAUGUAAUUUGUAGCAGAAAAAAUAAAACCCAAGAAGUAAAGCAGAAGAUAUGUGACUUUUUGGAGGACCGCUGCUAUAUUCCUUUGCUGAGGGCAACUGACAACACGUCUCAACCUGUCAUUGGUGCGCCUUGGUCACCAGAGUCCUCAGAAGUGAUUCAGUGGCACACAAAAAGCCCAGUGGAUCCAAUGAUGGCUGUCACUGCCUUUGCUGGCCCACUCAGCCCUUCUAAAGCAGAGGACUUUCGUCGCUUUUGGAAAACGCCACCCAGAGACCGAGCUGAGCUUUUCCACAAUAUCCUCAAGUCUGAUCCUGACCGUGGAGCAGAGAGAGUUGGAAGAGAUCUGGCUCAUGAGAUGGGCCACCCCUGGGCUGAGUAUUGGGACUUCCUGGACAGUUUUGUGGAUUUGUCAUCCGACGAGGGGCUCCGUAAACUAGAAGAAUUCCUCAGCAAGAAGGAUUUCAGUCAGCGUCAUGAGGAGACUGGAGAGAAUGAGACAAGCAACAGGUUCCGAACCCCCUCUCCCGGAAAACCCAAGAAGUUUUGUAAUUCCGUGUCUGUGAGUGCCUUCCUGGACGAUGGUGAUGACAUCAGCCUAGAAGAGAUGAAGAACCGGCAGAAUGCAGCACUCACCAGCAUCACCUCCUCCGCUGCCUCUAAUGACAGCCUAAAGGGCGCUAUUGGUGGUCGCGAGUUCCACAUCCUGCCCAUUGCGCUGCACCAUCGUGGGGCCGACUUGAUUGAGACGGCAGCUGAACAGGAUCUGCUUUGUUGCUGCAAUGACAGCCUCCUGUCACCAGGAGUUGUUUGCAAAAAUGGUGUGUGCUCAUCUUCAGCAAGAGAGAGGACUCAUAAUGGAGACCCGACAUCCCCCCCUGCCUCCCCGUCCUCCUCUGUAUGUAUGCCGUCACCCAUCUCUAACCUUAUGGUGGAGUUUGAACGCAUGUCUCAACAUGAGAAGCUGGACAGUCCUGUGGGUUGCAGGGAGAGGAGGAGCAGCGGGGGAAGCCGGAACAGGGAGGUACGGGACUCCCACAGCGCCACCUCGGCUUUGGAUCUACACACUGGACUGAGCCAGCUAUCUAUCAGUCACAUCGACCAGGAUAGUGAGCUGGAGGAGCUUCCAAACUGGAGAACAGAAGGAAGUGGGGCAGAGGACAGAUGCAGCAGCAGCAGCUCAGACGAGUACUUUGAAGCAGUGGAGAGCCUGGAAGCACUAGACAGAACUAGGGGCUCAGUGUCGGGGGGACGCAACAUCUGUGCUAGGUCCAAAUCGUGGGACCAUGGUGGGAGGGACCUGAGCAGUUCAGGGUCCUCAGGCUCAUAUAGGUCCUUAGAUGAUUCUCCUGAUUUCCUAGCCAGGACAUCGCUGCACAUUAGAAAAGGUCUUUUCCUAGACGGGGAUUCUCCAACCAAGUUGGACAGAGAGGUGUUGUCAGCAAUAGAAGGCAUCGACAUUGAUUCCCAGAAGUAUCCCAGCAUCCAUAAAUGGAAGAGCACAAUGAAGAUGUACACCACAUCAGACAUGCAAAGUUGGCCGAGCCCUGCUGUGGUAAAAGCACAUCUCAGGAUCCAGCAUCAGACUCCCGGCUCGCCAGCCAGCAGCCGCUUCAGUCCCGCCCGGUAUCCUGCCGCCGCCACUGCCUCCCUGGACUUCAGCCCUAGCCGUUACAGCCCUGCCAGUGCUAGCUACAUCCAACUGAUCCGCUACAAGCACUUGAAGGAGCCACUGGUCUAACUGCCCUCUCCUUCCUGCCUUCACUACAGCCCCAUCCCUCCCUGUCUGCUGCACUGGGGAGGGGGGCGCUACACCAGAGCUCAGAAAACCCAGAAAUACGCACAAGUGUCUGGAAGACUCAUAUUGCUGAUGCAUGGUACAAAACAGGAACUAUCAUGUCAGGUUAUGACAGUGGCCACUUUUAAACAGAAACAAACCCUUGGUAAUUGAUGUGCUGUACGAUGACGGACUGUAUUGAUGCCUGUGUUUGUGGGAAAUAUGAAGAAGGGGCAUCUUAUAAUCACGUGAUCAAAAAAAAAAAAAAAAAAACCGCAACAAAAAACAAAAAAGCUGUUUAUCACAAAAACUGGUGAUGAAUCCCUAUUAAGGAUUGCCUCACCGAAUGUUCUCUUAAAAACAAAAAAAGUAUUUAAGAUGUUUUUGUUUGUAUGUUGGUCAGUAGCACAAAUGUUUUUAUUAAGUGUUAAAAUCAGACUGCCAUUUCCUACGUUUUUUUCAGUUCAGUAAUUGCCUUAAUUUUCUGAAGUAAACCAGUUCUUGUUGACACGUGCAAGUAGCUACACAAGGAGACCUCACGCUGCGCUGGUUACAUGCAACAAACACAGGAAUAACAGAGUGAGUGCUUCCAUAUUUUUAAUUUGUUUAAUUUUUAAUUUGUUUAAUAAAUGCAUAUGUUUCACUUAUUUUCUCAGUUCCUCGUCUGACUUUCUUUCUGCAGCUAGUGGCGGCCUUCAGGUCUGACUUUUUUUGGUAAGCAUUUCCCACCAUGUGAAUGAUCAUACUGCCCACUCGGGGGCAAAACAGCUCAAACACACAAAAGGUACAGAAGAUCACCUUCCACAUAAAAAGAAUCCAAACUGCUCACGAGAGCUUUAAACCCUCAAGUCAAACAGUUGAGUGUGUAGAAACCUGCUGGAGCCAUACUAUUUGGAAAGAGUUCAAACGGAGAUAAUCAUUGGCGACUCAAGUGCUCACAUUCAGAUGGUCACUCCUCUGACAGAACAGUGUUCUGAAUGUAAAACUCUGUUUGCGAGCACAAACUGCUUCAUUGAGAAGAUUGUACUGACAUCAUUGUGCUCUCAGGUGAUAAACGUGUAACUGAAGUCUCAAUGUUUAUGAAUGUGGAACUUUUGCAAAAACACCUAAAGACUUAAAAACAUGCUUCUUGUGCUUUCAGCAUUCUGUGCUUUAUUAAAGCCGACUUUCAUGGCUAAUUCUAUUUCUGUACAUCUAGAACUCCUUUACUUUCAAUAAAACUUCACUCUUUACCACUGG